ACCAAAGCAACAGCACUGAAAGAAGCUGUGUGGAGGUCCACAGAAUUGAGCUUUCCUAAAGUGAUUAUGGUAUCAGAUAUGCAAAAGUCGGUUAAUGUGCUGCAGCAAGAAAUCAGCAAACUAGCUUGGGAAGUUCAAGGCAUCUUGCUACUAGACAUGCGCAAAGAUGCUUCCAGACGAGGAUUAGAUUUCAAGCUUCAGUUCGUUAGAAAGACGUGCGAAGCAAAUUGCUCAAUGGCUGGAUAG